GUUUCAUUUGCACCAAGCAGCAGCCUGUUACACUGCUGUACGUAGUAAAGUUACUUAAAUUUGAGUUGAGUGUUGCGAUCAGGGACUAUUUUUACCCACUACCAAGAUGACGUUACAAUUUAAAGAUGCCUUCUGGGGAGUGGACUUCAACAGCAAUAUUGGGUAUGAGACUAUUAUCCAGAGACUUAAUGAUGGCCGACGGACAUGCAAAGACGUGGAGGAGCUCUUGAAAAUGAGGUCAUUGGCAGAGGAGAAAUAUGGCAAGGAUCUGGUCACCAUCGCCCGCAAGGCUGGGGGCACACAUGAGAUCUGCACUUUCAGAACAUCUUUCGAUGAAAUGAAAACACAAAUUGAGAACAUAGGAAACUUGCACAUUCAGCUCUCUGGACUCCUGAAGGAGGAGGCGAAGAGAAUGGAGCAGUUCAGAGACCGUCAAAAAGAACAGAGGAAAAAGUUUGAAGUCAUCAUGGAGAAAGUCCAGAAAACAAAAGUCUCCCAGUACAAGAAAACAGUAGAAUCUAAAAAAUCUUAUGAGCAGCGCUGCAGGGAGGCAGACGAGGCAGAGCAAACGGCCGAGAAGAUGGGCAAAACUCCCACAGCCACUCCCAAACAGAUUGAGAAGAUGAACAACAAAUCCAAACAGUGCAGGGAAGCUGCAGAGGAGGCUGAGAAACAGUACAUGUCAAACAUUGAACAGCUUGACAAGACCCGUCAAGAAUGGGAAUCGACGCACAACAACACAUGUGAGUUGUUUCAACAGCAGGAAGAAGACCGCCUCAGCGUACUGAGGAACGCUCUGUGGGUGCACUGCAACCAUUUGUCGAUGCAGAGCGUGAAAGAUGAUGAGUGCUUCGAGGAUGUGAGAAAAACAUUGGAAAAAUGUGAAAUCAUCGCAGACAUCAACUGCUUUGUGGAGAUGAGAAGCACUGGCUCAAGCCCCCCAGCUCCAAUUAAAUACGAGAAUUAUUACAACAGGGAUGCUGCAACUGACAGAAAUGGCAGUGCUGGAUUUGUUGGCGUCAUGAAAAGGUUUUCAAAUCGUCUGCAGGGAAAUUGUUCCACUGGCUCCAGAAUGAGCAUCAUUGAGCCAGUUGCACAAUCUGAUGCAGAAACUUCAGAAGGAGUAUAUGCUUCCAUUCCUGGACAUCAGGCGUCCCAGCCGAGCUGUGAGGAAUAUAAGGCCAUGUACGAAUAUGAAGCACAGGGGGAAAAUGAGCUCUCUGUGUCUGUUGGGGACGUUGUGGUUGUCAGAGAUCAAGCUCAGGACGGUUGGUGGAUGGUGGAGAGGAACGGCCUUACUGGACUGGUUCCUGGCUCAUACCUUGCUAAAGAAUGAGUUCACCUGAUGUCACAUGUGGGGCUUGACGACUACUAAAUUUCUUCUCAAUAUAAUAUUUUGAAAUAGCCCUGUCCUCUCAAGUCACGUUACAAACUGUAACUAAUACGUAUGUGUAUUUGAUCACCAGACCGUGACAUUGAAUGGCUGACUGCAACCCAAAUUUUUUUGUAAUCUUAAUCAUUUCAAAAUCGGAUACUGUGCACAGGGGUUCUAAGAUAGAGAAGCAUAAUCCACUGUUGAAUGACAAGUUAUUUAUUUAUAUCAUUCUACUGACUGCUCCUUAUACCCAUGACAACUGUCACAGUGCAUUAAGGUUAUUAAUAUGUUGUAAAUUAAAUUAUUUUAUAGUUAAAGUUCUACAUUUUGGGCAGAAUGUUUGAUUUCUGUGUAGUUACUCUUUCUGUUCUGAAUGCUAAAAAGAAUAUAUGUUUGUGCAUGAAUGUUUAAUUGUAUUCAUUCAAUAUGAUUAACAAAUACUCAGUUUCAAACUCUU